AUGACAAUGUUUCAUACACGCACAUUUUUUCGAAUGAUGUUCUUUGGACUUGCCGUCUUUGGCUGUUUCCUAAGCAUCUAUCAAUCUCGAAAGACCAUUUCCCAGGCAACUGAAUUUGAUUUUCAAUCGUACUUGCGACAGGAAGUAAAUCAAUUUGUGACGUCAAACUUUUGCAAGGAGAUUCCUAAAAUAUCACAAGAUAACACUAACUAUGAUCUAUCACAAUAUAAAUAUGAAUGUCCUCAUCAUCGAUACACUACGCGUAUCAUUGAACGAAGUCCGUUGAUUGUAUAUAUUGAACAGUUUCUUACACAAAAUGAAAUUCAAUAUUUAAUUGAAUUGACAGAACCAUUCCUUAAACGUUCGACGGUUCUUGCAUCGGACGGAAAAUACUAUAUUAACGAUAAUCGAACGUCAAGAUCAGCUGAAAUCCGUCGUCAUCAAACACCUAUUGUCGAAUGUAUCGAACGACGAUUCGCACAGUUUCAAGGUGAUAUUGACGUUGAACAUAUGGAACCAUUACAAGUAGUGGAAUAUACAUCCGGAAAACAGGUUAAACCUCAUUACGAUUGGUUCUCACAACCUGAAAUUUUAAAAAAUGGUGGUCAACGAGUAACUUCAUUUUUCACCUAUCUUGAAGACAAUUGCUCUAUGGGUGAAACUGAAUUUCUUGAUAUUCGAUUCAAUAAAUCAUCACAUGAGCGAUUUUGUGAUAUAUUAAUUUGUGAUGAAAACUCGACCGAAUUUGGUAUUCGAUUUCGUCCAUUAGCCGGAAAUAGUGUCUUUUGGUAUAAUACGGAUGAAUAUGGAGAAGUUGAUUAUUUGACAUAUCAUGCUGGUCGUCCACCUGGUGAAAAUGGUCGUAAAAUUGGAUUGAAUACUUGGACACACAUAGACAAGUUUCCUUUACCGACAAAAAAAAUGAUUGAGAAAUAA